AAAUUUAAACUAAAAGCAAUACAAAAACCCCUCUCUCUUCCACCACGUCCCUCAUCACUACCUUCCCCCGCUGCCAUUCCCACCACAACCACCGUCGCGCCGCCGUGUCUGGCCUAAAUCCCCAUUUCAUCAGAAACGGAAGAUUCACCCAUAAUGUCCAACAGCGACACGGUCCCUCUGCACCCGAGUUCCCAAUCGGAUAUUGAUGAAAUUGAGAAUCUCAUCAAUUCCUACCCCUCCUCCGUCCUCCCCGCCAGGCCGCCUUCCCCUCCACGUAUCCCCGUGUCCUCCACUCCACCACCACCUCCGUCGUUCAUCCCAUCCAAUCUCCCUCCGCCUUCCGUUCCCAAACCCACCCCCGUUUUCUCCCCCGCCCCCUCCGUCCCCGCUGCUCCCCUGCCCCCGAUUCCCCCUCCGCGUGGAUCCGCCACCAGCAGCAGCAGUAUUGCGGGGUCUGGGUUCGGGCCGGCCCCUAACACUCUGACGGAACCUGUUUGGGAUACCAUUAAGCGGGAUUUGUCCAGGAUCGUGAGCAAUUUGAAGUUGGUUGUUUUCCCCAAUCCGUUCAGGGAGGAUCCGGGGAAGGCGUUGAGGGAUUGGGAUCUCUGGGGACCCUUUUUCUUCAUUGUUUUCCUCGGCCUCGUUCUCUCUUGGUCUGCGUCCGUUAAGAAGUCUGAAGUUUUUGCUGUCGCAUUUGCACUGCUAGCAGCAGGAGCUGUUAUUCUGACCUUGAAUGUUUUGCUGCUGGGUGGCCAGAUUAUCUUCUUCCAGAGCCUGAGUCUUCUAGGUUACUGUCUAUUCCCUCUUGACGUUGGCGCCUUAAUUUGCAUGUUAGUAGGUAAUGUAAUCAUAAAACUGGUUGUGGUGGCUGUGACAUUAGCAUGGAGCUCCUGGGCUGCAUAUCCAUUCAUGAGUACUGCCGUCAACCCAAGGAGGAAAGCUCUUGCACUUUACCCAGUCUUACUUAUGUAUGUAUCUGUGGGUUUCCUCGUCAUCGCCAUCGACUGAUUACGGUAGUGCUGACUUUCAUAACAACACUUGCUUCAAAGGUGCAUUUUGAUAUGCUCACCAUAUUGAUUGCAGUAGAAAUUUUGCCUCGAUUUGGUUUUUCUGAUUUGUAAGUAGAAUUUCUUUUGCAUCUUUUAUUCUGCGCAAUAUAAAUUUUACACAAUA